UAACCUUAAAACAUUAAAAGUUUUGAAGCUACAUUGCAUUCACUGUGAGUCAGCCUCCCUAAAAGAACAAGAAGUUGCGCGGUAAUAUUGUCAACAUGGGAAGUCAACUGGAAGCCUUGGCAAUUUUCCUAUUCUUAUCAACUUUUAUAUGUACUCUAGUCCUUUCGACAUCAACCAAUGAUGGUCUUAUUAGAAUUGGAGUGAAAAAAGUGAAAUUUGAUGACACCAAUCGUGUUAUUUCGGACCUUGGUUUAAGUGAACUCGAUAUUUUGAUGGAGUCAAUUAAGAAGUACUCGUAUAAUCAGAGUAAUGUAAAUAAGCUUGGCAAUUCCCAACUGUCUGAUAUGAUUGCAUUGAACAACUAUAUGGAUGCACAAUAUAUUGGUGAGAUUGGUAUUGGCACCCCACCUCAGUUGUUUAAAGUGAUCUUUGAUACCGCUAGUUCAAACUUGUGGAUACCAUCGUCGGAUUGCUUAUUAUCCGUAUCAUGCUAUUUUCACUCAAAAUACCAAUCAACUUUGUCAAACACCUACAAAGCAGAUGGGAGGCCUGCUGAUAUCCAUUCUGGUGACGGGUCAAUUUCCGGAUACAUUAGUAAAGACAACAUCAGAGUUGGUGAUCUAGCCGUUGAGGGUCAGGAAUUCAUCGAAGCAACAAAAGAGCCUGGUUUUACAUUUUUAGCCGGAAAGUUUGAUGGUAUCCUUGGGCUUGGAUUCAAGGAAGCCUCUGUUGGCAAUGCUAUCCCAGUAUGGGACAACAUGAUCAAUCAACAUCUAGUUAAAGACCCCAUGUUUUCAUUUUGGCUUAAUCGAAAAUCAGAAGAAGAAGGGGGUGAAAUCGUGUUUGGUGGCGUUGACCCAAAGCACUAUAAGGGUAGGCAUACCUACGUUCCAGUCACAAAAAAGGGUUAUUGGCAGAUUGAUAUGGGAGAUGUACUUAUUGGUGGGGGGCCAACUGGGUAUUGUGAGAAUGGAUGUUCAGCAAUUGUAGAUUCUGGGACUUCACUGAUAAGAGGUCCAACGAGUGUGAUCAGUGCGAUAAAUUUUGCCAUUGGGGCGAAUUCAAUCGUUGGUAAAGUAUGCAAGCAGGCAAUCGGUGUAUUUGCAAAUGUUAUAUUUGGUUUGCUUUCUGCGGCGGUUGAUCCAAAGAUAAUUUGCCCCGUUGUUGCAAUAUGUCCUCCUGGUAAAGGACAUGAUGAUACGCCAGAUUUCUAUGGUAGCAUGAACAUCAACAGUGUUUUAGAUGUAUCGGCUCCAAUAAGGUGCACUAUUUGUGAGUUGAUAGUUGGUAUAAUGCAUACUGCACUUGCAAAUAAUGCGUCACGACAAGUGGCUAUAGGUCUUAUAGGCACCGCAUGUAGCUUGAUUCCGAGUCCAGUAGCAGAACCGACGGUUGACUGUGCAAGGAUUCCUUCCCUACCUACUAUUUCAUUUAUCAUUGGCGGCAAAUUAUUUGAACUUUCGCCUGAUGAUUACAUAAUCAAGAUUGGCAAGGGUGCUGAUAUGCAGUGCCUUAGUGGUUUCACUGCUUUCGACGUCCCUCCUCCCAAUGGACCACUUUGGAUACUGGGGGAUGUAUUUAUGCGCCGGUACCACACUGUAUUUGAUUAUGGCAAUAUGAGGGUUGGAUUUGCAGAAGCGGCAUAAUUAAAAGUUUAUGUUAUACCUAAAUGAAAUAGUUUUAGUGAACUUACCUUAUUUUUCUUGUAUCUUGCAAAAACAACAAUAUAUACAUAUUAUGUGGAGUUGUUCAAAAA